AUGGGCGGCCCAGCAGCUCGAACACCUCUUCCCAUUGGAAUUCAACGAAUCAAGUCGGAACCCGACAUGGACAUCAGUUCACUGUUCAGCAAUCGUUAUGCGUACGAAAACGAGGCCUACGAGAUGGGCUACAGUGUCGAGCGCGUAGCAUCGGUGGAACAGUUAGCAUCUGCACUUCGACGAUACCUUUUCGCAACAGUACACUGGAUUGAAGCUCUAUUUUCAUUGGCACAGAUGGAAAACGUAGCAGAGAAGGUUGCCGUUCUAAAAAGUGUCUUUGCUCCAUAUACAAUUCUCUGCCAAGCUGCGCGAACUGCUCAGAUUGGAGAUACGACAAUUCUGCAACCAUACCCUUUGCAGCUUUCACGUGAUAUGGAUGUGAUCUGUUUGUGCAAUCGGACAACUAUUCCAAGGCAACCACCUCGUCACCUCCUAGAAACAAAUCUUCUUGCCAAUAAUCUUGUCCCACGAGUGCUCGACGAUCUUGUGGCACCAAUGCGCAAGCUAUCGCUUAGCGAAGCCGAAAUUGUUGUUCUAUCUGCACUCGUAGUUCUUGAUCCAGAUUCUCCUGGUCUUUCGGAGUCAUCAUCGCUGGCCCUUAGCCAGUUACGCGACAGGGUCCAGAACGCUCUAUUCCAGCUGAUCCGCGAAAACUCAUCUGCGUUGCAUACCGUAACGAGCCGCUUCGGGAAUAUUCUAUUGCUUCUACCACCACUUGCG